GAUUUUUGUAUGCGGCUUAUUUCUGUUUACAACUGUAAUUUCAAAUUGUUACUAAAAUGUCUUCCACGGAUUAUUUGCGAUUGAAUAAUCACAAAAUAUUUAAAGAAUUGCGCGAGUCGUUGCCGAAAAAUAUUAAUAAAACCAUGAACUUAGUGGUGGUGCAUGAUAAUGUUUUGUUCAGUUGGGACUUCCAAAACAAUUGUGUAUUAACACUAAAUUUGAAAGCAGCCAGAGGAAAACAAGGAGAUAAUGUCAUACACCAGAAAUUGCUGCCUCUGCAUCCUCCGCUUUUUUCGCCGGAAUUUUUAAUAGUAAACGAUACCGGUACGCUACUCGCCAUAGCCGGCCCGUGCGGAAUUUUAGUUCUGGAAUUGCCGCACAAGAGCCCCCCUUACGGCGCCUUCGAGAACAACAAAGAAGUCAUCUAUUGCAGGACGCACAGUUUAGAUGAAAGAUUGCUAUCUUGUGGUGAUACGGUAGAAGUGCGACAAGUAAAGUUCCAUCCAGGCAGUUUGAAUCACAAUCAUAUUUUGGUACUCACUUCGGAUAACAUGUUGAGGUUGUAUCAAGUGGAAAACGGCCAGGCGACGAACUUGGACGUGUAUUCGGUGGGCGAACGACCCUCGACCCUCUUUCCGGGCACCAACACCCCAUUUCUUGCCAUAUACGGCGAAGUGGCCGUGGAUUUCGACUUCGGGCAUCCCGAAAUUUGCAACGUUCCUGCCGGUCGUUCGGUCAGCAGCGCUCCGCCGGGCGUGUGGAACGCUCAAACGCAAACCAUCGAGUGGAAGAAGGGCGAAAAGGGCCAUGAAAACGCCAUCGAUUGGAUCAACCCGAAAACUAAAUCCACCGAAUCCAACGACAAUCACCAGACUAAUAAGGAUUGGAAUAACUUGGUGUGGCCCAUUUUUGUGUUGAGAAGCGACAUGAGCGUUUAUUGCAUCGAUAUCGAUUUGAAGAAACGGUGGAAACCUGUUCUUAAAGGACCCUUACCAAUGGUAUCCUUCGAAAGUGAAACGAUUGAAGCUUGUUCGAUAAUUUGUUUGAACACCGUACCACAAAUCGCCUGUAUCGCUCUCUCGAAUGGGACUGUAUGGCACUCCAUCUGUUUGGACACCGAUGAAACCACAAAAUCGGAAGGGUAUAAAAAAUCGCUCAAAGAUCUGUCCAAGAAAGAGUUCCUUGCAUUCGAAAGUAUCGAACUUGAACUAGGUCUGGCCACGUGCGAAGAAGACAACGAUACUAAAUACAAAUGUCCAGUGAACCUGAAGAAGGACGAUUCGAAACCGGGCCGGUACUACGCCACCCACACCGCGGGAGUGCAUUCUGUCGCUAUCACUUGCGCCGAUACCCUGCAGGAAUUCAUUAACUCGCCCGAAGAUGCUGAUCCCACUUCUGAUAUAUUCGUGAAUUUGAGCAAGGCUGAGUACUUGUUGUGCACGAAAACGGCAGCUUCGGAAAAAAGUAAUCCUGUUAUAGGUUUCGCUUUGUAUUAUGAACCUACAUCAAUCAUAACUCUACUCGGGGAUGGUAGUUUAGUAACGCUUGGUGUUAUGUAUACCGGUGGUUUACCGAAACUAGAGGAUUUGGUACUGGACGAUGAGCCAGGAAAAACGUCACCACUUAAAAAAAUGUUGCAAGAACCUUUCGAACAGUAUAUCGAGAAAAUUUUAAAGAAAACUCCUACACAACCCGUACUAAAACUGCCGGCUAAUAGUACCGGCAGCCAAGAAGAAAAUUAUGAACUUCUCCAAAGGGCUGCGAAAGUGUUUAGAGAGGAAUAUUUUAAGAACCACCAAAAGGCCAGAGAAGAACUGGAAAAGAGGGUGCACACGUUAAACAUGAUGAAGCAGAACCAGCAAAAAGAGCUGAUGUACCUGACGAAAGAACGCGAUGAACUGCAGGAGAAGGCGAGCAAUUUAGCCGAAAAAUACGAAGAUAUUAAAGAUAAACAAGAUGAAUUGCUAAAGAAGGCUGAAAAUCUACUGAUGUUGGUUUCGAGGAAAAAGAGCGCUCCAUCAGAAGCUGAAAAAGAGUUUGUGAAGGAACUCAACGAUUCGAGUGAAAAAAUCGGAAUUUUUGGAGACAAGAUAGAGAAAAUUAAAAACAAAACGAAAUAUCAACAAAUUCAGAUGGAAAAUUGGAAAUCCCAAGAAAUAAAAAAGAUUUCAUCACUAAACGAGACCCACACAAACACCAUCAAAAGUAAUUUACAAGAAACAACCAAAAAAAUUACAGACAUGAUCAAACAGGUCAACGAAUUUAAAAAACAACUUCAAUUGAAGUAAUUUUAUUCUGAUGCGAGUUGUAUUUUCCAAAUAACUAAAUAAAACGUUUUUG